AUGAAAAUAUUUAUUCUUUUAGGAGGUAAUGUGGAAGGUCAAGGGCCUAUCUGGCUGCAAGGACAUGAUAUAAAAUGUCCUCCUACUGCAAUUGACUUAGCACAAUGCACCUUAGGUCCAUGGGAUGUUAAUAACACCUGUACACAUGCAUACGAUUUAUACGUAAGCUGUAAUCCAAGCCCAAUUGUAACAUAUCAAACUACAGCCAGCACAACUUUAAUAGAGACCGUGGCACCACCACUACCAAGAAACAAGUACAAGCUAGCUAUCAAAGAUGGAUUUGACAUUACUAGCGGAUUCGUCAAUGUAUUAUAUAAUAAACGUAAUGGAGUUAUUUGUAGCAAAAAUUGGAACAUGAAUGAUGCUGAUGUUGUUUGUCGUCAGCUUGGCUUUCUUAACGCACUAUCUGCUAACGCUAGUAUAACGCAAUAUGCAAUACGCCACGAAUGGAUUACCGAAUUAAAUUGUAAAGGUUACGAAUCAACCAUCGAUGCCUGCCCUAUUCAAGAUAGCUCCGUUAUCAGAAACUGCUCAACUACUGACAUAGCAACUAUUUCCUGUAAUCAGGAGAAACAGCAAUUCACAAGCAGAAAUAGACCAACUUACUGCAUAUAUGAUGAUGGCUUUUGUGGAUGGAAAAUUAGCGGUAAUAUGAGUUGGAUCUGGCAUUCAGCCACCGGAAAUCACUAUCAUCCUAUAGCUGGUGCUAUUUCAUAUGCAUAUGUCAUCCGUCCAUAUCAUCAAACAUCAAUGGGGAAAGCUGUUAUGACUAGUCCAGUACUAACAGCAAGAUCUGGUCAAGUCGUUGAGAUCUCAUUCCGCUAUUACAUUGUCAAUUUGGCUGUUAGCAAUCUUGAAAUUCGAUAUAAUGAAGAUGGAAAUACUGGUAUUACUAUCUUUGAUAAUCAAAUUAAUACUUCAAAUAAGUGGACACAAAUGAAAACUACAGGAUUUACACCUAAAGGCAAUCAUUUUCGGUUAAAAAUCAUUUAUAGUGCAAGCAGAACAUUUGGGCCAUCGUUUGUUAGUAUAUUAGCCAUCGAUGAUACAGUCAUCACAGGCGUCGAAAACGACGGCUAUCAAUCUAAUGAUAUUUCCAUCAUUGGAGCAGCUGUGGCAGGUGGAUUAGCAUGCAUAAUCUUUCUAAUGGUAGCCAUUUGCUACUACAAAAAGUCUAAAACAAAAAUAAUCAGGGACGUUUCAGUCCCAAAUGAAUAUGUCGCAUCUACUAGCCGACAAAUAAGAAAUUUUCAACGAGCAAAUUCUGAAUUACUUAUCAAUAAUCAACUACCUCGUACGCCUGUAAAUUCGAACAUAUCCGAUAGCAAUACUGCUAUUUCCCCGGUGGUAGUACGGACACCUUCAGUAACGCUAUCAGUUACAUCUCCGAUGUCAGAUCAUCAAUCGAGAAGUGAAGAUCGCUUUUCAGAUGUUACAGUUACAUCUUCCAUUGAAGAUGGACAACAAAGUCGAAUUGGCAUUGCUCUAAGCCCUAAACGCAGAGAUAUAAUCUGUAAGUUAAAUAUCGGACAUCCUCCGUGGUAUAAAGCGUUAGGAACCUUCAUUUUACACAAUGCAACAAUUUUCCGGAAUUAA